AUGCCUCGUGCUAAAAGAGCUGCCGCGCAGGAUUCUGCCGCGCCAAAACGACACAAGGGCCAGAGUCUUGAAGAGUUUAUCAAGUCCAUUUUAGAGGAAAUUGACACACUUCAAGACGAUGAAGGAGAGCGUGCCUUAGUUACUGCUUUUGUUAAGCUUCCAUCCAAAAAAAUGUACCCUGACUACUACACACUCAUCGAGGAACCAAUAUCGCUAAAUGAGGUCAAUAAGAAGGUGGCUCGUGGCUCGUAUGGGAAUGUUCAGGACUUUGUUCUGGAUUUUCAGUUGAUGUAUGAUAAUGCGCAGAAAUAUAACGACCCUGAAUCUUGGAUCGUGACAGACGCUAAAAAGCUUUUCGAUUAUGUGUCCAACCGAGCUGACGAUUACUCUGAGUCCCUGGGCUCUAUAACUGUGGCUGACUUACCGAGGUUGGCAAACAAUAUUUUAGACACAGUCAUUAAUCAUGAAUUCCCAGAGGAUGGCGUUUUGAGUGGUCCCUUUAUGGAAGUGGUGGAUCCUGAAGAGUACCCCGAUUACUACAAGGUGAUUAAAAAUCCAACAUCGUUCAAUGAUGUGAAGAGCAUGAUUGCGAAGGAUUUGUUUUCUGAGGAUAGAUCUCUCGAAGACAACUUGCAAGCCUUCUACGAUGCCACAAAUCUCAUAUUCACCAAUGCUCAAACUUUCAACGACCCUUCCUCCUUGAUAUAUGAGGACGCCAACAAGUUAAGAGACGUUUUUGACAAGGAGUUCAAGUCGCUUAAAAAGGAAGCGAUUCCUCAAUCCAAGUUGAAGUUGAAAGUGAAGGCACCAAAAGAGCCUAUGAAGCUCAAGUUGAAUUUGAAGUCCGAGACCCCACAACCUCAGAAGAAGAAGAGGGGCAGGAAACCCAAGAAAGUGCUCCAAGAAGAAGCAGAGACAAGAAAAGCUGCUGAGGUUGAGAGCGCCGGCAUCAAGCUGGAGGACCUGGAUACUGAAGCUGGUGAGGAAGAUGAUGAAGAGACCAAGCGUAAGCUCAAUGCCACUGAGUCCAAUGUCAUGGGUAAAACUCCAGUCACACCUUCGAGUGAUGAGGUGUUCAUCAGAGGAGUUACCCUUUCUUCUUCACAUACUACUACUCAACAAGUUGCUAACUCGCUUUCACAACAAGGACCUGCCCUUAUCACGCCGGCUCAGGCCUACAAAAGAGAUAUGUUUCCAGAUGUGCCUGUGUUGAAUGCUGCAACUUUGUUUCAGUAUAAGUUUGGUCCAAUUGGCUAUUCAACCAAAGCUUACUCCAUUUCAUUGCCGGCUGAGGCAUCUUCAUUUGUAUCCUUCAAAGUAAGCUUACAUCACAUAAUUUUCAACUUAAAGAAGAACGAUCUUGUUAAUGGUCAGGGAAUACUUAAAGGUGAUUCCGAAGAAGAUUUUCUGGUUGCUCUCUUUAUAAACGACGACAAGAUCUCAAGCUGUGAGACUUUUGAAGAUGAGGAUCCACAAAGCAAUAAGUCUCUUUUCGGUCUUCAAUAUGAAUUGAAAUUGAGCUACGGACUCAAUAUCAUCAAUUUUGAGUUGCGUUUAUCGCCAAACUUAGCAAAAUCUCUUCGGAAGGAUGAACCAGAGCCUGAAAAUGACCUAGGUUCUCGUCAUACAAGACAUCAACUACAACAGAUCAAGCUCAAUUGGGAAGUGGAGAAGUUCCAACUUAUGGUAUUCUGUCAUAACCCUUGA